GGGGAAAAGUAAAAAUAGCGCAUGGAAUGUGGUACAAAAUAAGAAUAUGCAAUAAAUACGGGGUCACCAACGCAUAUAUCUUUAAUUUUUCUCGCCAGUUCUUGCAUUUUCUCUCUCCCUCGGCCAAGGCCUAAAGAUCGCGGACAAAUUUUCCGGCAAAACCGUCAAACAUGGAGUCAUGCCCUUCUGUAAAAAACAUUCUCCUCCUGGAUUCUGAAGGAAAACGUGUAGCUGUCAAGUACUAUUGUGACGACUGGCCAACAAAUAAUGCUAAAGAGACUUUUGAGAAAUCUGUAUUUUCCAAGACACAAAAGACAAAUGCUCGGACUGAAGCGGAGAUAGCAAUGUUUGAGAACAACAUUGUUGUUUACAAAUUUGUCCAAGACCUUCACUUCUUUGUUACUGGUGGUGAAGAUGAAAAUGAACUAAUCUUAGCUACAGUUCUCCAAGGGUUUUUUGAUGCAGUUGGUCUUCUCCUUAGGGGCAAUGUGGACAAGAAGGAGGCACUUGAGAACUUGGAUUUAAUUCUUUUAUGCCUUGAUGAAAUUAUUGAUGGCGGAAUUGUUCUUGAAACUGAUGCAAAUGUUAUUGCGGGAAAGGUUGCAAGUCAUAGUCUUGAUUCUGGAGCUCCUUUGUCUGAGCAGACAAUAAGUCAAGCGCUGGCUACUGCUCGUGAGCAUCUAGCGAGAUCCCUACUCAAAUAAUGCUUGAACUAUACAAAAGGAGAGGUGCAAGGAGGGAUACAUGUCUUUUCCAGUUUCCUUAGUACCCAUGAGCAUCAAUUUUGCCUUACUAUCCUAACUUAGUGGAUGAUGCUGUUGUAUGUGCCAUUAAAAAGCUUAAUUCCUUGCUGAAGAUUGGUGUAUUUUGCCCAAUUUGCUUCUUUUCUAUGCCUUUUUUUUCCAUAAAGACUUAGAUUCCAAAUGAGGAACUUUACUGCUGGUCAUGAAAUAUGAUGUGAGUGGAAUUUUAUACAAGAAACCAAUGGUAAUGUUUCUACUA